AUGACAGCUCCACCUGCCGUCAAGCUCACGCGCCCUCCACUCCUCGUCGGCUCGCCGCACCGCGUAUCACCAAACCCUCGUCUGCGCUCCUUGCCAACUCCAAAAUCACGAAGUCCCCACGCGCUCUCGCCAUGCCACCAUUCCUCCAUCUCCUCCCUUUCCGCCCUCUCCUCGCUCUCCGCCUUUCACUCCCCAAGUUCCCUAGAUCCUCCCCGCUCGGACGUCCUCUCCCGUUCCGGCCAACCUUCUCGCGCUCGUUGCUUAAGAGCGUCGAGCCGCACGUCAAUCCGCGCAGCGUGGGGAUCAGAUCGACGCGCCGACGGCAGCGCGGGAAGCGCAAGUAGCUCGAGUAGCGCAUCGUCUCGCCAUCGCCGGCCAGGAACCGUCUCCGCAAAUGGCGAGGCCGCGACGAACUUCGCCGAAACGUCCGCGACAGUUACUGGCGUCGUGCCGGCCCGGCGGGUAUUCCGCGGGGAAGCGGACAGGGAAAGCGCGCAAAGGCUGCGGGAAGAGCAAUUGCGCGAGCGCGCGCUGCGGAUAAACGGGUUCCUGGAGAGAGACGCCGAGGCGCUAGUGGUGCGAGAGGCGCGGCCCGAGGAGUACUGGGAGGCUGCUGACGUGCACUGCGCUGCGUUCUUCCCGCACGCGCCCUUCCCGCUAAAUUAUAUUCUGCGAAUGGAUAGGGUCUCGGCGAUCCUGGCUAAUCUCAGCAUGCCACGUGGCACCUACAAGAAGUGCCUAGUAGCCUUUGACUCGCCGGCGUUCGUCCAAUCCCUCUCUUCUUCCUUCGCCCUCACAACUGCUUCCCCCCCCUCCUCCUCCGCCUCCGCCUCCCCUUCCCCCUCCUCCUCCGCCUCCGCCUCCCCCUCCACCACCACCGCCACAAUCGCGCCCGUGACCAAAACCCGCGCGCCACCCCCUGAACACGCGGCGUCAGCAGCGAUCAAGGACUUUGAUGGCGAGCGGGACUUAAUCGGCGGGCCAAUGUUCCGCCCAGUGCUCGCAACCAUGCUGCUGGGCCCGCCCGUGCUCUCCUGGACCUUCUCGGGGCUCAACGUGGGGCCCAGGGGGCUCGUGGGGUCUGUUACUGUUGACACGGCUGGGGAGUUUCUGCCCCGCCGCAAGCCACACAACAGGCGCCGGUCAGUGGGUGAUGGGUGGCGUGCGAGGAAGGGAGGAAGGGAGAGAAGGGGGGACGGGCAUAGCAUACAUAAGCAACAUGGCAGACCUGCAGCUGCUGCUCAAGAGAUUGGGGUAGAGGGGGAUGGGGAGAGCCGGAUCCGGGAGGUGGUGAUAGAGAGGGAGGAGGAUGAGGAGGAGCAGAGCACGUCGGAGGAGGAAGAGGAAGAGGAGGAGGAAUAUGUCGAGGCGCCACGUCCGGCGUCGAACGGGGUUCGUCUAACGGAAGGAACUAAUGGCCGCGCUCGUGGCGGUAGUAGGUCCGACGAAUCUGAGGAUGAGGAGGAGGGCGACGACGAGGAGGAAGAUGCGGUUCCGGGGAAGGCGGAGCGACGUGGCGGUCGCAGCAGAGGCGGCGGGGGAGCGGCGGAAGGGGCAUCGGCGUCCGGUAUGGCGGGGGAAGAAGCGGAGGCGGCGGAAGGCGGAGUCAGGAAAGGGAAAUCAUCGCGGAUCAAGCUGAACCUCAAGAGCAAGGCUUCUGGCGUGUGCAGGGUACGUGGAGGGUGCGUGGAGAGUGCGUGGAGAGUGCGUGGAGAUUGCGUGGAGAGGCACACGACGGCCACGUGUCCGCACCGCGUGGGAGCGGAUGGAGGCAGUGUGGCAGUGCAGGGCGGGCGAACACACGAGGGGGUGCUGCACACCGUGCAGCAGCGCCAGAUUACGGGCAUGCUGCCACGGGCGGCGCGGCACAGGCGGGUGCUACCGAGUGUGGUGGAGGCAGCAGUGAUAGCGCUGCACAUGAGGCGCAUCACAGUGCUGGAGUUCCAUGCUGUCAGGGACGACGUGCUGCUGUCCGGAGAUAAGAGGGGGCACAUAGGGCUGUGGAACUACGAGAGGGAGAGGGACACGACAGUGCAUCAGAGCGUGCACCAGUAUCAGAUCAGCGCCCUCAGGCACCGCCCGACAUGCGAUGAAGUGGUGUUAUCCUCAUCGCUGGACGGCAAGGUGUGUCGGGUGGACAUAGAAACAGGCCAGGCCACCGUGCUGGCGAAUCUCAACCCGCUGGGCUGGCAGGGCGACGAGCGCACCUGGGGGAGCUUCUAUGCCAUGGACGCCCCUGCACGUGAUGGUGGUGCUGUGGUCGUGGCUGGGGACAACUUCGGGUGCAUUCAUGUGCUGGACGAGCGGGUGGAGGAGCGCGUGGCGGCGGGUGUGGCGGGGUGCCAUGCGGCGCGCACCAAGGUGGUGUCGCUGCAUCUCAACCCCGCUGACCCGCACCUGCUGCUCUCUGCUGGCUCCGACCACUGGAUGCAUCUAUGGGAUGUGAGACAGCUGUCUCCACAGCACCGCAUCGCCUCCAUGCAGCACCCACGUGUGGUCAACAGCGCUUACUUCUCUCCUAUCACGGGAACUCGGAUCCUGAGCACGUGUCAGGACAACAGGUUGCGAGUGUGGGACAGUGUGUUCUGCGACCUGCAGCACCCCAGCAGCACCAUCGUGCACUCCCACGACUUCAACCGCUACCUCUCGCCCUUCAAGGCGCACUGGGACCCCAAGGACGAUGCAGAGCGCGUGGUGGUGUGUGGGCGGUACAUAAGUGACGACUACAAUGGAGUCGCCUUGCACCCCAUUGACUUCCUGGACGCCUCCUCGGGUGCUCUGCUGGGCUCUGCUGUCGAUCCCCACCUCACCACCAUCUCCCCCGUCAACCUGCCACACCCCCGCUGCGACCUGCUUGCUACCGGCAGCUCCAGAUCUAUCUACCUGUGGACAGUACCUGAAGAUGCAGAGGAGGGCGAAGGGGAGGAAAUCAGGGAAGCAUCUCAGCAAGGAUAUGAGAGCACGGGGAGAGCGGGGCAGCAGCAAGCAGUGUCUGCUUCGUUCGGCAACAGAGGCACGAUUCGCAUGUUCAAUGCUGAUAUAUGGGGCAAAGGCAGAGGGAAGGGGCAUGCUCUGGGGAAUGAGAAGACCCAGGGGAAUGCGAAAGUAAGUGGGAAGGGGAAGGGGAGGGGGAAGGGGAAGGGGAAAGCUGGAGAGGAGGAGGAAGAUGAGGCGUUGAUGACUGCACUUGUGGAGUCUGCUGCUCUGGCUGUUGCUGCUAGGGUGGGGAAGAGUGCGGGCGGGAAGGGAGGGAGGGGAAGAGGGAAGGGAGUGGUGAUUCGGGCACAAGAGGCAGAUGUGGGGACGGUGAAGGGACGCCGCAUGCAGAGUGGACAGCCACUGCUUGCUGCUUGUACGACAGUGGAUAGAGGGGAGCGCGAGUUGGAAUUGCAGGCAGAGGGUGGUGGGCCGCAGGAGGAGAAAGGGGGAGGGGUAACGAAGGGCGUGGGGUAA